AUGGACGCGAAUGAUGCGCCUCCCUCCCGGGGAAACACACUUCGUCGUGGGAAGACGUUGAGUAGACCCGAACGUUUUCAACCCGCUGCUCCUCUUUUAACUGGUAAGAAGGAGAGAAAACCACUCGAUCCGUGGGUGAUAUUUUCUCGCGUUGUCACCUUUUGGAUUCCGUCGACUCUCUUGGUAAAAUUUGGUGGUUUUCAUGAUAAGCAGUCGCAGCAAGCAUGGAGAGAAAAGGUUACACUUUGUUUCAUUGCACUUAUUAUGAGUGGUAUCGUCGCCUUUUUGACGGUUGGUCUUCGACCGACAUUAUGUCCCGCUUCGGCGGCAAGUAAUCCCAGUCAAUUUUUAAGAUUUGGACAAGCCCCCGGGCAUCUUGGAAUAUUGGGAUGGCAAUUUGACAUUUCAAAAGCUUUGAUUCCUCCCACCUUGGAUUUAUUUCAGUUGGCAGAGCAACAAAAUGGUCAAGACAUUACCAAUUAUUUUCAGAGGGACACUUCUAGCAUACCCAGUUGUGCGGUCAGCUCAAUACAGAAUUUUGCGGCGGUCACUCAACCUUUGUGUAGCAACAGCUCGCAAUGUCCCCUCGGCACACUCUCACUUUCAAGGCUGGACUCGUUAAAUUUAGUGAAUACCACCAAACAGGUGGGAUACGAUUGGGAUCAGCUUUACAAGUUAACCAACUAUCUUGUUGUCGACGGCGUUGUGCUCAACCUGGAUCCCUACAUGAAUAACAACCCAGAUCCGAUCCCAAAUGAUAUUGUUGACUCAAUCAUUCGCCGCUUAUUAUCGGGAACUUAUGCAAACGAUGGAAAGGAUGCCACCCGCCUGUUCUCCAAGAGCAGUCAAACGAUGACUGCCAUGAAGUGUCUCAUUCAAAAAUAUUACGCGGGUCAUAUUGAUAAACAGACGCUAGGCUGUUUUACUGCCGACCUAUUUAAUUACAUUAUGUUAGUAGUUAUAUUGAGCGUCAUCUUUGUCCGCUUUUUCAUGGCCUGUCUCUUCAGUUGGUUCAUCUCCCAUCGUCUCUCGCAUAAUCCCAAAAAGGUUAAGAAGGAAACAACGUAUCCUCAGGUGAUCGCUGGUUCUCGUAAGAGUCGUUAUGCGCCGUGGGCUCAUCGCAAUGACUCGGGAACCGUGGUAAGCAAAAUUAACAUGGAAGAGAUUGGUAAUGAUCUGUACACCGUUUUGCUCGUGACAUGUUACUCCGAGGGAGAAGAAGGUUUACGCACCACUUGCGUGUCCUUGGCCACAACGGAUUAUCCGGAUGAUCGCAAACUGUUGUUUGUGAUAUGCGAUGGCAUAAUAACUGGUAGUGGUAACGAUAAAAGCACACCCGAUAUUUGCAUUAGCCUCUUGGAAAUUGACGAGAAAUACAAGAAUCCCAAUCCCCAAAGCUACAUCGCCGUUGCUGCCGGAGUUAAACAGCACAACAGAGCCAAGGUUUACGCGGGACAUUUUCGUCACGGUGAUCGUCGUGUGCCGACACUACUCAUUGUCAAAUGUGGAAACGCCGACGAAGAGGGCAAACCGAAGCCGGGCAAUCGAGGAAAACGUGACUCUCAGUUGAUCCUCAUGAAUUUCUUUAACCGAGUUACCUACAAUGAUCGCAUGACUCAACUGGACUACGAUUUAUUCCAAAAGGUUCAUCACUUGAUGGGCGUCACUCCGGACUUUUUCGAACUCGUCUUAAUGGUGGACGCCGACACCAAAGUUUAUCCCGAUUCACUUAGACUCUUGGUAAAUUGUAUGUGUAACGAUCAACUGAUAAUGGGAUUGUGUGGUGAAACGAAGAUUGCAAACAAACGUGACUCUUGGGUGACGGCCAUCCAAGUGUUCGAAUACUACGUCUCCCAUCAUCUCGGCAAAGGAUUUGAGUCCGUCUUUGGCGGUGUCACAUGCUUGCCCGGAUGCUUCUGUAUGUAUCGACUGAAAGCUCGCAAAGGUGAUGACGACUGGGUACCGAUCAUUACAAAGCCCGAAAUCGUUCAGGAAUAUUCCCAAAAUGUAGUCAAUACGUUGCAUCAAAAGAAUUUGUUACUUCUCGGUGAAGAUCGUUUCUUGACCACACUCAUGCUCCGCAACUUCCCCUACCGAAAGAUGACUUUCUGCCCGCAAGCCGUGUGCAAAACUGUCGUUCCCGACGAGUUUAACGGUACCAUCGUUCUGCCGGUUGCCAUAAUUCUAACCUUCUGGUUGAUCAUAUCGUCCAUCUUAAAACCACCAAAAGAAUUUUCGGAAGCUAUCCCGUUGCUCAUGCUGGCUGCGGUACUUGGCCUACCAGCUAUACUGAUUUUGCUGACCACACGUAAAUUAAUAUAUAUCACGUGGAUGUUUGUUUACCUAUUGGCCUUACCUGUCUGGAAUUUUGUUUUACCAGCCUACGCAUACUGGCAUUUUGAUGAUUUCACGUGGGGCGAGACUAGGAAGGUUGAAGGUGAAUCCAAAGGUGAUGAUCACGGGAAGAAGGAAGGAAAAUUUGACCCUUCCAGAGUUCCACUGAAACGAUGGGAGGAUUGGGAACGCAAUAGGCUCAAUAGGCUGAGGCGAAAGGAGAGGCAACGUCAGCAGCAAGCAGCCGGUGCCGUUCACCCAUCUUACAUAGAAUAUGAUGAAAACGUAGAAUUACUACCCAGCGCACCAUAUGAUGACACAUAUCUCACCGAGACUUCGUCGGUCGCCUCGGAUAGCGGUCAACAACAAUAUUACGAUUAUGGUAGCGCGCCCACGACAUCCUAUCCUCCGGAAAAUUAUGAUCGAAACCGACCGGAACAAUUUGAGAACGUUCAAAUCGCUGGUAAUACCGGCGGUGAAUCUUCUACGAACUUGGGAGACGGUGGAGAAGGAAACCGGGAGGAGAGUCAGAGGAGAAUUUAG